AUGGAUAAACAACAAUCGACUAAAAUGCCUAAACCAUUUGAUAGUGAUGAUGGAUUAAAUGCAACAGCAUCAGGUAACAAUCAACAACAAUUCAUAUUACGUGAAGAUGAUCGCCUUAAACAAGAAGAAGAUUAUCAACAAGAAUUAAUGAAAGUACAAGAUGAAAUUGUAACAUUACGUCAAGUACUUGGUGCUAAAUUAAAACGUGAACAUGAAUUAAAAACUUUAUUAGGUGUUGGUUUUGUUGAAGAUUUAAAACAAGAUUGGAAUGAAACAGUUAGUGAUAUUAAAGCAACAACAGCUUAUCAAAAAACUGCUGAAACAUUUACUGCUGCUUCAGAAAAACUUGCACCAACAAUCCAAACAGUUAAUUCAACAUUUAAAUCUGGUCUUGGUUCACUUCGAAAUUCAAGUUAUUUUAAAACAUUUGAAAAUACACUUGGUUCCACUGUUACUGCAGUUAAAUCAAAAAUCGCACCAUCAAAAUCAGCUAUGAACUUUAAUGGUGAUGAUAACGAACCUCUUCAUGGUGCUAGCGGAGGAUCUAUGAGUGCAAGUGCAACACAUGAUGAACAUCUUCAUUUCAGUGGUGAUAAUCUACAUGAAAAGAAAUAA